AUGGCUUUCUACAAAUUACUAGAUCUCUGUGAUGAAAGUUUAACUUUUCGCCAAAGGAAAUUACUUUGUGAAUUAACCAAUAAAAAAAUCCUUCCAGUAGCAUCAUUAGUUGUAGAAGAUGUAGGUCUUAUAGGACAGUCAACAUCUGUCGAAAAAUUAUCGACAGAAUACUUUUUAACGCUACAACGGAUAAAUGUAGAUGUCGAUAAGGAUAGUACAAUACAGUUUUAUCAAAGAAUACGAAUUGAUAGGAAAAUAAUUCAUGCUAAAGAAUACACUAAAGUAAAAAAACCGGCUGUUAAUGUUCAAAUGAUUAAGGAAACCGUUACUAUCAUAACAAUACCUAAUAAUAACAUUACAAUUGCUUGUAAACAUCCCAAUAGAUUCGAGCUGUUAACUUAA